AUGUGGCAAAAGUGGAACUUUUUCGCACCCAUUCCACGCGGCUGGGAUGCAGUCUUGGACGAUCGUUUCUCGACCGAACCUUCAACUACGUCCCGGUUCGGUUCGUUGAGUUCCACGAGCACCUACCGUCCAUCAUUCUCUUCCGGGAGCUACCGGUCACCGCGAGCAACGACCACCUCGACCACGUCGACCACUGCUCCAAGCUCAACCGUUUCCUCGUUCAUCAGCCGGUACUCGAGUUUGGCGGCCGAUAAAGAAAAGGAACGGGAAAGAGACAAGGCAAAGGAAGAGGAGCGACGGAAGGAGCGCGAGUUACGGGAGAGAGAACGCGAAAAGGAACGUGACCGCGAGAAGGAACGUUUGAUCGAAACGUCCAAGAAGCUUGAGGCAGAGUUAAAGGAAAGCAAGCCGGCACCGUUGAAGAAGUCCUCUCUGAUAGCGGCAAAGUACGGUUCCAGCAAGGACGUUGCCGACGAUUCUUCCACAAAGAGUGGUGCAGCCGGUAAGCUUCAAUCCACUAAAGACGCUGGCGUAAAGCCGAAGAAAGAAAAUGCGCCGCCAGUGACGUUCACCACCCGAUAUGGACGCGCUGGAGUUGCGCGAGAACAGUCCCGUGAGCCGAGUCCAGCGACGAGAACGAACUCUUCCACCUCUAUCGCCCAGCGUAGCAGGCAUCGCGAUCCAAGUCCGGCUCCCACCACCGUCACCGAAAAGGCACGUUCGCGUGAUCCAAGUCCUGCGGUGGAAACUAAGCGUACCGGAGGAUACGCGUUGGCAAUCGCCAGUAAGCUGUCCGGUACGAAGCUACCGCAACAGAGUGCUCCCAAUGAGUAUCGACGGCAAUCGAGCGGGACGGCGUUUGGACAGAGUCGGGCAAGAUCGCGCGAUCCAAGCCCUACAGUGCGCACUAGAACAUCACGCGAACCUAGUCCCAUGGAGCAGAGACGCAUUCAGUUAGCCAAUAAGAUGAUCGCCACAGCAACCCGGUCCCGCGAUCCGAGUCCUGCACCCGUGCAGCAGCUGAAACAGAGCAAGACGAAUAGUGGUGCCGAUCCAAAGCAGAGGUUCACCAGCUCCAUAACGAUCAAAACGGGACCGGGUGUUCGGUCACGCGAUCCCAGUCCAGCCGAAGGGCGAAAGAUCCCAACGUUCGGUAAUGCGAGUAAGGUGCGAUCGCGAGACCCAAGUCCGGCGGAUCCGAAACGCUCCGCAUCGGCGUUGAGUGCACGUGCGUCUCGCACAGGCAACGAAUCUGGGCUAGUGAAGCCAUCGACAUUUGGAAGUGCAAGGAAAACGCGUGAUCCAAGUCCCAGUGUCGGCAGUAAAGUUCGCAGUCGGGAUCCAAGUCCUGCGACGGUUCCACGCCGAUCCUCUCGUGAACCAAGCCCGGCCGAGUCAGUCCGUGAGAAGUAUGGACUUGGCGGACCCGGAGCGUAUCGACCGUACGGACGUUCGAAUAGUGCACUCGGCGCUGGUAACCGGUUUGGUGCUAGUGCUAGCCCUGUUCCGAAGAGUCCAUUGGCGGAUCUUGCACUAUCGUACAUGACAUCCAGUGAGGCAAUCGCGGCACGAACGAGUCGUCCGUCAUCAAGGCUACGACUGAACUCACAAUCCCGAGAACCUUCGCAGUGCUCAUCACCGUUGACGGCGAGUCAGAUCUUUUCGCCCGAACCACGACCAGUCCCGAACGAUGAUCAACAGCGCGCGGGAUCUACAUCAUCGGAAACCACCGCCACCAGCUCAUCGUCCGAAGAAUCGUCGGAAGAAACGGAAAGUAGCGUUGAGCCCGAACCGAAGAUAUUUAUCGAAAUAACGCUUGUAACGCGUGGCACGUCCCCAACGCCACCGGGUGCAACGCCGCUGAUAAGAGCCCGCAGGGCAGAGAUGUGCAAGACUAUCGAAAAGACUAUUCAGAAGCAACUGUUACCGGUUGAAACGGCUGACAAACAGAUCCAAUCGGAUCGGUUGGACGAUUCGACCAAAUAUUUACGCUAUGGACAACCUUCGACCCGCAGUUGGUCUCCGUACGUAGACCAAAAGUAUGGAACUUUAUCGCCGACACUUGGAUAUACGCGCUAUUCAAGUGCAUCUUCGCGCUACAGCCGCGAUAGCCCAAGCUUCAGCCGUGAAACAAGCGUGAGCUCCUCGAAGAGCGAUGCACCCGAGAAGCGGGAGCUAUCAACACUAGCAGCCCGAGUGAAAGAGCUUAGCCUGUCGAAAUCCAACAGCAAGUCCACGAGCAGCCGCUCGUCAACGGUAAGCUCCCCGGGUGGUAAGCAGAAGACGCCACCCAAACAGAAAUCUCCUGAAAAGCCUCCUCCAGCACCGUCAAAGGAUAGCCCAUCACCAGUUCGGUCUGUCGCGAACAAAGACUUCCGCAAGUCCGCCCUGAACAUGGGCCCAGCUCCAGACCGACCGCGCAAAUCUUCCACAUCGUCAAGCAAGUCUUCCAGCUCGUCGGCUUCCACCGCAACGCCGGUCGCUGAGACGAACGGAUCGACAAGUCGCAUUCCACACGUACGGCAGCAGAAUGGCACCAAGGUGGCGAAACGCUCGGACCGAUCCGCAUCGUCCAGCUCGGAAGACACCAGCAGCACCGGCGGUUCUUCCGGUACCGAUACAGACCGCGAGCAGUCGAUCACGCGUACGGCGCCAAACGAGCAGGACGAUCUCAGCACCGCGACGGAUGCCUCGAACGCCAACAAUGAGCUGCUACUGCGCGCGAUACAGCUGCUGGUACGAUAA